CUUUAAGCUCGUGUGAGCGCGCCAGGAAUCUUGUGCCGUGUGUCAGCGCGCGCGGCGUCUCGCGCAACAGAAUUGAACGAGAUCUUUUUUAACACACAUACAUGUUCCGUUUUCAGUCCUUGGAUGAUGACUGCACCCUGGAGGAGGAAGGGUUGGUAGAGGAAGAAGAUGAAAUUGACCAGUUCAAUGAUGACACUUUUGGUUCAGGAGCAAUCGAUGAUGAUUGGCAGGAAGAGCACACCCGCCUUGCAGAACUUGAUGUGCGUGUGCGAGACGUACAAGAAGGAGCCAUCGAUGCCCCCUCCGCCCCAAUUGAGCUUCCUCCUGCUUGUAGCACCGCCCAAUCUUCCACCGUCCCUCCAUCCUCCUCCUCUCGCCAGUACUCUGACGUAGAUGAACGGGCAGGGGGUGACCUAGCAGAGUCGCUAAGUCGCUUCAUCUUGGGAUCGGAUCCAGCCAUCGCCGGAGUGGGCACGGCCAGCUCGGACCGAUCUCACCUUCCUCCUAUUCUCUCCGGUCAGACUCAUUCCUCUGCGUUGGCAGGACAGUCUCCUAUGCUGCUGGGCUAUCAUCAAGCACAUCAUCAGCUCCUGCACAGGGGCUCGGCUCCUCUUUCACAGAUAAACUCUCACAAUAUUUGGGAGAAUAAUAUGGGCUUCAGUCCAGGACUUGUUAAUAAAACCGAGGAUGGUUCGCUUAUGUCUAUUAUCAAAGCGGUCGGCCUUCCGAAACAACCUCCUGCCCUGGGCAGAGAUGAGGGGCGGGACUUGUCAGAAAGGGUUCCGCCUCCUCGCUCCUCCUCACCUGUGAUUGGCAGUCCACCUGUAAGGGCUGUGCCUAUAGGAACCCCUCCAAAGCAGCCCAUGAGUCAUAUGCUCAAUCAGCAGAAUAAUCAUCCUUCAGCAGUUCAUAUAAGAGCUUCCAUGCCGCUCCGUUACCCCCCUCCUUUCCCAGAGCGCCUGUCUCCUAACAACAUCCUAAGCAUCGCCAAUUCGCAGUUGUCUCAUCAUUCAUUCCCUGGUGUUAAUCAUAUGCUUUCUCAGAUACAGAGACAACAGCUGCUCAACCCUCAGGUUGGCCAAUUCCAGCGCGGUCCUCCGUUAUUACCAGGUGGCAUUGGGGGUUUCAGACCUUUCUUUGGGCAAUCUGGCCCCAGAUUGGGUCCCCAUGGGCCACCCCUCGGCCAUCCUCCCAUUAUCAGACACAACACCACACACCUCCACCCGCAGCAUCGCAGGAUGCUGAACCAGAGGAUGCAGAACAGAGGCUCAGGUGAUCACGUUGGGGGCAGAGGGGUUUUGGAAAGGAAAAACAGAGACCCCUACAGCAAUCUGAUGACCCAGAGAGAGAAAGAAUGGGUCGCUCGAAUCCAGAUGAUGCAGCUUCAGAGCACUGAUCCUUAUCUGGAUGACUACUAUUACCAGAAUUACUAUGAGAAGAUGGAGAAACGUCAGGAGCGGGACAGGGACAACAAAAAGGAACACGCUACCAAACUCAUCACUCCUCAGGUGGCCAAGCUGGAGCACACCUAUCGACCAGUGCAGUUUGCUGGCUCAUUGGGUAAACUCACAGUCUCAAGUGUGAACAAUCCCAGGAAAAUGAUUGAUGCCGUAGUGACCACCCGCAGCGACGAUGAGGAGAAACGAGAGAAACAGGUUUGGAAUAAAAGACGGCAAAUCCUUUACACUGUGGAGAAGAUGUACAGUCUUCUGCUCGAGGUGCAGGACUUUGAAAAGAAGUUUUUGCAGACCCCUGAACACCAAAGAGACGCCUUGCUUGAACAACACAAAACUCACACGCUGCAACUCUACAGCUCACUGCGAGAGAAAGAGUGGGCCGACCGGGUGAGCGACGAGCAGUGUUUAAUGAUCAUGUCUGUUCGCAAAGGGAAGCGGCUCAUCUCCAGGCUCCUCCCCUUCCUGCCCCAGCCGCAGGCUGCUGCUGUCGUCAUGGCAAUUGCCAGGAACCUUCCAGCCCUGGCUAAGAAAGACAGGCAUGACCAGGUAUUGUGUUGGUUGGUGGAACCAGUAGCCGUGGUGAUCCAGUCCAUGUCGAGUACGACCCUCACUGAUCUCCUUCAAGAGCUACAGGGCAGUGAAGGACAGCUUCCUCUCGUGCUGCAAAAUAAGUUUGGUGUGACGCUCCUCUAUGUGGUACUAAGUGAAGGCGAGAGGAUGCAGAGCUCUGAUCCCAACUGUCAGCUUAUGGACGAUAACCGCUGGACCGAAUUAGUAUUCUCAGUGACCAGAGAGCUUCUGAAGGUCCCAUCGUCUGAUCUCUCAUCGCCUCUGUUCACCCCUCCAAACCUUGUGUCUUUGUUCUCUCGAUAUGUGGACCGGCAGAGACUGGAGCUCCUUCAGGAGAAGCUACAGAUCACGGCCCUGUCCAGGUAGAAGUUCCUUCAGCUGUCAGACCCGAUGAGACUGACUGUUAAUGUAGUUGUGAAUGAGCAAUUUUAUGUGUGAAUAUGUAUCGGAGGGCGAAAUAAUGUCACGUUAUUAAAGUUACAAUAGCAACACAUGGUAAAAUGGCCAUCGCCCAUAGGUUUGUCAAUAAAGGUGAUCAGGUUAAUGUUUUAGCUUCAAUUAGGGAACUCUGAGCAGAGGAGCCAGUAAUGAAAUCCCUCACGUGGCAGUCGCUGCUCUCCAGACGAUGUUUUCCCGUGAAAUGGCUUUAAUCAUGAAAGCAUCCGACUUUAUUUAUAGUCACGUAGAUUUGAGACACUUGCUGUACAUUAAUAUCUUAAUUUUUCUUAAACACUGCAGCCUGAGGUAUGUUUGAAAAGAGUGACUGUACGUAUGUAUGACUGUGAGUUUAAAUGAAGGUUUAAACAAAGUUAUUCAUUUUUAAAUAUCUUGACGUGAUGCCUGUGUUAAAACAUGAAAUUAAAACUUUCUAUUAUACAAAGUCA